AUGGCUGUAAAUAUACCAUUUCUCGGUUCAAUUUGCGAAGGAUGUCUCAGUAUUGAUAGACGUUUAACUGCAAUCGUUGAAGAAAAUAAGCUAAAAAUUUUUGGUGAAUUACUGGGUAAUUUGGACUACAUAAGUCAACCAUUAUUGUUGUGUUGGGAGUGCACAGCCUUAAUUAAAAAAAUAUCAAGAUUUAUCUGCCAAGUAAAAACUGCUCAUGACUGUCUAGUUAAAUAUAUGGUACAUCAAUCUACAAACCUAUCGCCACUCUCAACUCUAUCAAAGAGAAAUGCAGACACAAACAUCCAAGAAUUCAAAUAUGAUGAAACCCUCAUAUCACAAAAUUUACAUGUUCCUGAUAGGAUCCUGCCGUUAACAUUUAUAAAGAUAGAGGAUCAAGAUCAUGAGUCUAUUGAUGAUUUUUAUAUUGAUGAUGUGUAUGAUGGAAAUGAGGAGGAAGAGGAAAGGGAUAAUGAAGAUCUUAAGACAGUUAUUAAAUCAGAUCCUUUUAACCAAGAAGAUGCAAUUGAUAGCGUCGAAACGAAGAAUAGAAAUAGUAAAAGAAAAACUCAAAUAGAAGACUUCAAUGAGUCCGACGAUGAACCGUUGAAACUUAAGAAAAAAGAUACGGAACUAGAAACAGAAAGAGUGCAGCGCAAAUCUAAAAAGAGAAAGAAAAAGGAGGAAGGCAUAAAAAUCGAUCGCCGGAAGCAUCCAGCACCAAAGCGCGAGAAGCCAGCCGGUGUGGUGACCAACUCCAGGGUCAGUAAGAAACUUCAGCAGCUGAAUGUGGACAGUAGCCAGCUGGAAAUGGUCGUGCUGAGCUGGGAUGAGGUAGAAGAGGAACGUCAGAGGGCACUCCUGAGUGAGACAUUCACGAGGCACGAGUACCGAUGCUACGACUGUGCCCUCGGUUUCAACCACCGGUUCAAGUUGGUCAACCACAUGAAGAAGCACGACCCGGAGUCCGGUCCAGAAGUGUGCAACAUCUGUAAAGUGCGUUGUAGAGACGCCCAUGCGCUUUGCGCACACAGAAGAAGGCAUCGAGUUAGGUGGCGCUGCGUGCAGUGCGGCGGCGCGUGGUCGCGCGCGGGCGUGGGCGCUGACCACGUGGCGCGGGCUCACGGCGCGCCCGCGCCCACGCACCGCUGCUCCGUGUGCGGCCACCGCGCGCCUACUCUGGGCAAACUUCGGAACCAUAUAAAGAAUCACUCGGAACGGCAGAAAUGUGAUUUGUGUGGGAAGACGUUCAGGGAUCGAACUUCUUUGCGGACGCAUCUUUUUAUCCACAACGGAGAAAAAGAGUACGAGUGCCCGCGCUGCGGGAAACGUUUCCUGUUCAAGAAGGCCAUGCAGAUCCAUCUCGUCACACACGAGUCUUCCGCGCAGGUCUACUGCUAUCAGUGCGACAUGAACUUCAAAAAUCAGAUGUCGUACAAUCAACACAUUAAGUACAACUUAAAGCACAUCGACCCGGCGAAACUAAAAUACGCGUGCCAACUGUGCGAGAAGAAAUUCGUGAAGGCGAAACGUUUGGAGGAGCACAAUCUCGCCGUGCAUUUGAAGGUCACGCCGAUAAAGUGCACGAUGCCGGGUUGUAGUUUUGCGUGCUCGUCGCGGCCGGUGCUGCGCACGCACGUGCGCGUGCUGCACCGCAACGUGCGCGCGCGCCCCAACCACGUGUGCGACGUCUGCGGGAAGGCAUACACCAGCAAGAAGAGUCUGGAGGGUCACCUGCGUGCACAUUCUGGCGAGCGACCGUUCCGUUGCGUGCGCUGUCCGGCCGCUUUCGGCUACGAGGCGGCACUUUACAAUCACAACCGGCUCGUGCACCUCAAGCCCAAGAUAGGACGAGGUCGUAACGCAGUAAGCGACGUAGCCGCAGCACCAAUACCAGCAGUAGAGCCCAGCAUCACGCGGGACCCAGUCGAGCCCGUCCCACAGGACUGGCGCUCCAUACCGUUACCGGUUCAACCAGCGGAAGUUUCUUCGCGGCAGUCCACCGCAGACGCCAUGUCACUUAAAUGA